UGUUCUUGUGCAUAAGAAAAGAACUUGGCUUACCUUAUCCUAUCCACCCCUUCUCACAUACUCUCUCUCUCUCUCUCUCUUUCUAUAUCUUCUUCUAAGGAAUUUCAGUCCUACUCUCUCUUCUUUUAUUUCUCUUAUAAUUGUUUUGAAUUCUGUCCCCAGUUUUCUUUCACUUGCACUUUUUUAUUGUGCUUCAACCAUAUCAAUACACACUUCAAUUCAGUUCCCUUGCUCUCUGUCCCUGUCUAUUUUCUUGCCAUGUAAAAGCACUUUCUUGCCUCUUUAGACACACACACUCCUUCUCUCUCUCUCUAUCUCUCUCUCUGUCUCUCUCUCCUAUUUUCUUUUUAUCUCUUUUCUUUCUUCUUCUUUUUCUUUGGGUUUCUUAAUAUAUAUAAGUUUGAGUUCCUGAACAGUUGAACUUGCAUUGUGUCAGUUCUUGAAUCUACUUUUCUUUGCUUUCUGUUGUUUCUUGUAUUUGAAUGACGUUUUCAAUUAGUUCUGUUUCUGGGAUUGAGUUGGUUUCUUCUUUAAUUAGUUCAUAAUAGUCAAAAUUGAACAGUGAGUACCUGAAGGAGAACAAUCUGUAAAGAUUUUGCAUGACAGAGGAAAAGUCAGUUGGCAAGCUCUCAACUCGGUUCAAAUACUUGUUAUAAUUAAUACCUGUUAUUACCAAUAGCUGAGGCAAAAAAUGGCUCCAAAAACUGGAAAGGCAAAACCCCAUAAGGCCAAGGGAGAGAAAAAGAAGAAGGAAGAGAAAGUUUUGCCUGCUGUUAUUGAAAUUUCCAUGGAAACACCAGACGACUCACAAGUAACUCUCAAGGGUAUCUCAACGGACAGGAUCUUAGAUGUAAGAAAGCUUUUAGGUGUCCAUGUGGAGACAUGCCAUUUGACCAACUUCUCUCUAUCUCACGAGUUAAGAGGGCCCAGACUCAAGGAUACAGUGGACAUAGUCUCGCUUAAACCCUGCCACCUCACCAUCCUUGAAGAGGACUACACAGAAGAGCAAGCCGUUACUCACAUCCGGCGACUCCUGGAUAUCGUAGCUUGCACAACCUCCUUCGGUUCGUCAUCUUCCAAACCGUCUGGGCGAGCCAACUCGAGAGAGUCCAGCACGAAAGAAAGCGGUUUGACCGAAACCGAAUUGAGUCAGAGCGACAAUGGACCUGGCGCCAAUCCAAAGCCGAAAGGAGGCGGAAGCGGAGAUAAGAAGAUUGGCACUGCCAAUUUCAAGAACGCGAAAGAAUUUGGUAAGGAAUUUUCGGAGAAGGUGGAUAUGGCGGCGGUUUCGAUGUGUCCGCCGCCGAGGCUAGGGCAGUUCUACGACUUCUUCUCGUUUUCGCAUCUCACGCCACCGGUUCAUUAUAUUAGAAGAUCGACGCGUCCGUUUCUUGAAGAUAAAACGGAAGAUGAUUAUUUCCAGAUAGAUGUUAGGGUUUGCAGUGGGAAACCAAUGACCAUUGUGGCUUCAAAGAAAGGGUUUUAUCCAGCUGGAAAGCGUACUCUUUUAUAUCACUCUUUGGUUAGUUUGCUCCAGCAGAUUAGUAGAGUCUUCGAUGCUGCAUACAAGGCGCUCAUGAAAUCUUUCACAGAACAUAAUAAAUUUGGGAAUCUUCCUUAUGGUUUCCGGGCAAACACAUGGGUUGUUCCUCCAGUAGUUGCUGAUAACCCAUCUGUUUUCCCUCCACUCCCUGUGGAGGAUGAGAAUUGGGGAGGGAAUGGCGGUGGACAAGGAAGAGAUGGAAAACAUGAUUAUAGGCCAUGGGCAAAGGAGUUUGCAAUUCUUGCAGCAAUGCCCUGUAAAACAGCAGAAGAAAGGCAAAUCCGAGAUAGGAAAGCCUUUCUACUUCAUAGUUUAUUUGUCGACGUCUCUGUUUUUAAAGCUGUUGCAUUGAUCAAACAAAUAGUUGAAAAAAAUCAGUACUCUUUAAAUGAUUCCACCCCAUCAAUUUUGCAUGAGGAAAAAGUGGGAGAUUUAAUUAUUAAGGUGACAAGAGAUGUUCCUGAUGCAAGCACCAAGUUGGAUUGUAAAAAUGAUGGGAGUCGAGUUCUUGGUAUGUCACAGGAAGAUCUUGCUCAGAGAAAUUUACUUAAGGGCAUAACUGCUGAUGAAAGUGCAACAGUUCAUGAUACUUCUACUUUAGGCGUUGUGGUUGUUCGACAUUGUGGGUACACAGCUGUUGUCAAAGUUUCAGCUGAAGUUAAUUGGGAUGGGAAUCCUAUUCCCCAGGAUAUUGACAUUGAGGACCAGCCUGAAGAAGGUGCCAAUGCCUUGAACGUUAAUAGCUUGAGAAUGCUAUUGCACAAGUCAUCUACACCUCAAUCAUCUAGUACCAUUCAGCGAGUGCAGACUGGAGAUUCUGAAAGUUUAAGUUCUGCAAGGUCUUUGGUGAGGAAAGUACUAGAAGAUAGCCUGCUGAAGUUGCAGGAAGAAUCCACUAAGCAAACCAAGUCUAUCAGAUGGGAGUUGGGAGCAUGUUGGGUUCAGCAUUUGCAAAAUCAGGCUUCAGGGAAAACGGAGUCGAAGAAAGCUGAAGAAACUAAGCCUGAGCCUGCUGUCAAGGGACUUGGAAAGCAAGGUGCAUUGCUGAAGGAGAUAAAGAAGAAAAUAGAUGUCAGAGGCAGCAAAACUGAAGAGGGUAAAGAUGUUUCUGUUGGUAACCUUGACAUGAACAAGAAAUUGGACGCUGUUAACCAGAAAGAAUUGGAGAAGAAAGAAGAGGAAAUGGAAAUCAUGUGGAAAGAGCUGCUUAAUGAAGCUGCAUAUUUGCGUCUUAAAGAAUCAGAAACUGGACUACACCUCAAGCGUCCUGGUGAAUUGAUUGAAAUGGCACAUAGAUACUAUGCUGAUACCGCUCUUCCCAAACUGGUGGCCGAUUUUGGCUCCCUUGAACUUUCACCAGUUGAUGGAAGAACUUUAACAGAUUUUAUGCAUACGAGGGGUUUGCAGAUGUGUUCUUUAGGGCUUGUGGUUGAACUUGCCGACAAGCUCCCCCAUGUGCAAUCCCUCUGUAUUCAUGAAAUGAUUGUUCGAGCCUACAAACACAUAUUACAAGCUGUUGUAGCUGCAGUUAAUAAUGCUGAUGACUUGGCUGCAUCAAUUGCAUCAUGUCUAAAUAUAUUGUUAGGAACACCUUCAGCCGAAAAUGAGGAUGUAGAUAUUUUAAAAGAUGACCAACUGAAGUGGAAGUGGGUGGAAACUUUCCUUUUGAAAAGGUUUGGGUGGUGGUGGAAGCAUAAAAGCUGCCAGGAUCUAAGGAAGUUUGCAAUUCUUCGUGGGCUGUCCCACAAGGUUGGCCUCGAGCUUCUUCCUAGGGACUAUGAUAUGGACACAGCAUAUCCAUUUAGGAAGUCAGAUAUUAUAAGUAUGGUUCCUGUAUAUAAGCAUGUUGCAUGUUCAUCUGCAGAUGGACGUACAUUGUUGGAAUCAUCUAAAACAUCUCUGGACAAAGGAAAAUUGGAAGAUGCUGUUAAUUAUGGAACUAAGGCACUUUCAAAACUUGUGGCAGUCUGUGGUCCUUAUCAUCGUAUGACUGCAGGAGCUUACAGUUUACUGGCUGUGGUGCUCUACCAUACGGGAGAUUUCAAUCAGGCAACAAUUUAUCAGCAAAAAGCAUUGGAUAUUAAUGAGAGGGAGCUUGGACUUGAUCAUCCUGAUACUAUGAAAAGUUAUGGGGACCUGGCUGUCUUCUAUUAUCGUCUCCAACAUACAGAGUUAGCCUUGAAGUAUGUCAAUCGUGCAUUGUACCUUUUGCAUUUAACAUGUGGGCCAUCUCAUCCAAAUACGGCUGCCACCUAUAUCAACGUAGCUAUGAUGGAAGAAGGUUUGGGGAAUGUCCAUGUUGCUCUUAGGUACCUCCAUGAGGCUCUGAAGUGUAACCAGAGACUACUUGGAGCUGAUCAUAUACAGACUGCUGCCAGCUAUCAUGCAAUAGCCAUUGCUCUCUCUUUGAUGGAAGCUUACUCCCUAAGUGUUCAGCAUGAGCAAACUACACUGCAAAUAUUGCAAGCCAAACUCGGAUCUGAGGAUCUGCGAACGCAGGAUGCAGCUGCAUGGCUAGAGUAUUUUGAGUCCAAGGCUCUUGAGCAGCAAGAAGCUGCUCGCAAUGGUACUCCGAAGCCAGAUGCCUCAAUCUCUAGUAAAGGCCAUUUGAGUGUAUCAGACCUUUUGGAUUAUAUAACACCAGAUGCAGAUAUGAAAGCAAGAGAGGCUCAAAAGAAAGCUCGUGCAAAGGUUAAAGGCAAGCCAGGCCAAAACUGGGAAACAGUCUCAGAUGAAGCUCAGAAGGAUGAAACUCUCUCCCCAACUUUAACUGUUGCAGAGAAUUCGAGCGAUAAAGAAAACAAGUCUGAAGCUCAAUUUGCAGAAACUAGGAAUGAGAAGACUGAUUCAAGUCUCACAGAUCAGUUAUUAAUGAAUAGAAAUGAUGAUGUGAUACAGGAGGACGACUCAGAUGAAGGAUGGCAAGAAGCUGUACCUAAAGGUCGUUCACCUACAAGUCGCAAAGCUUCUGGUUCUAGGAGGCCAAGCCUGGCUAAACUAAACACUAACUUUAUGAAUCUAUCCCAGUCAUCAAGAUUCCGAGCAAAGGCAGCCAAUUUUACAUCCCCAAGGACAUCCCCCAGUGACUCUGUUGCUUCCCCUGGACCCAGUCUUCCGGCGCCUAAAAAGUUUUCUAAGAGUUCAAGCUUCAGUCCAAAACAAAAUAAUUCAGGUGCCACGGCUGGUGGAACAGAGAAAUCAAUUAAUUCCAAAUCAGCCCCUGCUACCCCUGCUUCAACUGAUCAAGUUGCUAAAUCAGCUUUGGUGGCAAGUCCAAUUAGUGUUCAGGCAGCUGGAAAACUUUUCUCCUACAAAGAAGUUGCUUUAGCUCCUCCUGGGACCAUUGUGAAGGCCGUGACAGAACAGUUGCCAAAAGGAAAUCUUCCUGCAGAACCAACUACUCAGGUGAACUAUGAUACAGCUGUGUCAGAGGUCAUUGUUGGUGGGGUGACAGCACUGAGAGAUGCAGAGGAAGAAAAAGUUCAAAAACUUGAAGGAGAGAGUCAACUUCAUGGUUCCAAGGAAAGGAAAAGUCACAGCGAUGUGAAACAUGAAGCAGAAUCAGGGAAUUUAGAGGUGAAUGAGCCUCGGGAAGAAACAAAAUAUGCUCAUACUGAUCAUGUAGAAGAAAAAGCUGGAGUAGUUGAAAGUAAAACUGCUUCUGUUGAAGUUACAAAUGAAAAUGCUGGAAAUUCUGCAGUUCUAGAACAUGAGAAUUUGGACUCCAAACAUUCAAAUACCACUUCUUCCAAAAUUGAAGUGUUGAAAACAAGGGAGUUAAACGAUGGCACAGCUUCCCCUGAUCUGGAAAAUGGAGCUUUGUUGCUGGACAAAGAUGCUUUGGUUACAGGAGGAAAGCUACCAGGUGAGGACUCUAAAGAUGUAUCAGAUGGCUCCACAAUUGAUAAGUCAUUUCCAACUGACGGAGAAAAGCAAGAUGAAGCAGAAAUUGGAAAGGAGACAACUAAGAAACUUUCCGCAGCUGCACCACCAUUUAACCCGUCCACAGUUCCAGUUUUUGGCUCAAUAACAGUUCCAGGAUACAAAGAUCAUGGAGGAAUUCUUCCGCCACCAGUUAAUAUUCCUCCAAUGCUUGCUGUUAAUCCUGUCCGCAGAUCACCUCACCAAUCAGCAACAGCUAGGGUGCCUUAUGGUCCUAGGCUAUCUGCUAGCUUUAAUAGAUCUGGGAAUCGGGUUCCACGGAACAAACCUAGUUUCCAUAAUGGUGAACAUAACGGGGAUGGGAAUCACUUCAGCCCCCCUAGAAUAAUGAAUCCUCAUGCUGCCGAAUUUGUACCUGGCCAACCUUGGGUUCCUAAUGGCUAUCCUGUAUCAGCAAACGGUUAUUUGGCUAACCCAAAUGGUAUGCCAGUGUCUCCAAAUGGUUUUCCUAUGUCUCCACCUGGUCUUCCAGUGUCAUCAAAUGGAUAUCCAGCAUCGCUCAAUGCUAUUCCAGUCACUCAAAAUGGGUUUCCAGCAUCUCCAAUCAGUUCAGUAGAAACACCCACAUCAACAUCUGUUGACUUAGAUUCUGAAAACAAAACUGAAGCUGUAACAGGGGAUUGUACUGAAAAUUCCUCAACAGAAGUAGGAGCAGAAAACCAGCCAAGCGAGCAAAAAUGUCAGGAACAACCAGAUGAAAAAGCAAGUCCUGAAACUGAAGAAAAACCUACGAAUAUAGUCCCAUUAACCAGUGAUAUUGAUACACCCGCCGCUAAAGAUUCAUGCAAUAGCAUAGUGGUUGAGGAGAAACCAAGCAAGUGCUGGGCAGAUUACAGCGACGGUGAAGCUGAGGUUGUUGAGGUUACAAGUUGAAAGAAGGUAAUGGAAUUUAUUUUCUGAUAUAAAGUCAUUUGCUUACAGUCCAGGUCCUAUGGCCAUGAGAAGAGAAAUGAUAAGCGGAUAUAGUAUGGCAGCCCAGUAAUGACUGGGAAAACUGUUGCAUAGUUUGCCAGUCGAUCAUAGGCCUUGAAUAUGUGAAUAUUUUCAGAUAGUUUGGCUUUGCUCCAGUGGGUGACGAAAAAUGUGAUGGACUAAUUUCUGAAAGAAAACUAUCAUGACCCUGAAAACCAUCUGCAGGCAGCACAUUGAUUAGUAUAUUAGUGAGUCUGUCAUUAUUUAUUUUAUUUGGUGUCACUCUCCUGCUAUACUUUUUGGUGGUUGUCAAAUCAAAACAAAAUAACCUUGGAGGAUCUAUAUGUUCCGGCUUGUACUCUUUAACAAUUAAUAACCUUUUUGAAAGUCUGCAGCAAUACAGUUUAAACCAUCCUGCAUGUAUGACAAAUAAAUAUUUGUAGUGUCAGUUGAUUUUUCAUUGUCUGUGGUA